AUGAGCGGCUGGGCCAGGCUCGCCGGGCUGCUGCUGGCCGUCGCCGGAUCCCGCGAGCUGCAGCCUCCCCGCGCGCAAAGGAGAGGCGCCGGGGCCGCCGGCGCGGAAGAGGCAGCCCAGUUCGACGUCGUCUACUCCGGCCAGGUCAACCGAGCCGCCGAGCGCCUUUACGCCUUCAACUACACCAGCAAGCCGGGCCAGGUAAGGCGAAGCACCGCCCAGGGCUGCUGUCCUCCUCGCCACUGCCCGGCAGCAGAGCCCGGACGACCGGCUCCAGGGGCGCGCGGUCCCCAUCAGACUCCCGAGUCAGAUUCACCUGCCGGGGCGAGGAGCGUGGAUCCCCCCCGUCCCCCCAGGCAGGCGCCGGGAGAGAGGCAGGCCUGUGUGGCCGCUGUUAUGGAUGGUUGGGGGGUCCAGACAGCCCUCUCUGCGGAAGAGCAGCCAGAUAGGAAGGGCAGGAGAUCCACGGCAGGGAAGCGAGACCGUCUCGCCUGCGCGCCUGCAUCUGACUGGCUGCUGCAGCUGGACAGUUGAUACUGGGAGAGAUGGAUCGACCUUGGGGCGAUUCGGUGGGGAAACGCUAAUGUCUCGAACCCUUCUUUUGGGGGGGAGGGAUGCGCUUUAGAUGCGGUUUGGGACCGCAGGCUGCUGGUCUUCCCUCCUUGAGAGUCUAUAGUGGGGGUGGGAGAAAGGUCCGUUUGUCUGGUCCAUUAUCUUCCCCAGUUGCCCAGGAAACACUUGCAUUGCUUGGUGUGUGUGUGUGUGUUUUAAAUGCAUCCAUCCUUAACUUCUUACCCUUCUUUCUGAUGAAACAUUUUCAGUGACUGAUUGCUCGAUUUGGCAGUUUAAUUCAGAAAAAGCAAGAGGCAUCACGUUUGUCUGAAGCUUUUUGCUUGAUUUGGGAGUUUUAUUCAAAAGAGAGAGGCCACGUUUGUCUGAAGCUUUUGAGUCAUGAAACAUCUUAGUUCUGUCCAGUACUGUACUGUAUAUAUAUAGAUGAAUAUUUGUCAGGGAAACAAAGAAACAUCUAUUGUUUAAUGAGAAUGCAUUCAUAAAAUCUUUGGAGAUGCCAUAGAACACAUUGGGAUAUAGCUGUUACCUACCCAGAUAUAAUGGGACGCGGGUGGCGCUGUGGGUUAAACCACUAAGCCCCUUGGGCUUGCCGAUCAGAAGGUUGGCGGUUCGAAUCCCCACAAUGGGAUGAGCUUCCGUUGCUCGGUCCCAGCUCCUGCCAACCUAGCAGUUCGAAAGCGCGUCAAGUGCAAGUAAAUAAAUAGGUACUGCUCUGGCAGGAAGGUAAACGGCGUUUCUGUGCGCUGCUCUGGUUCGCCAGAAGUGGCUUAGUCAUGCUGGCCACAUGACCUGGAAGCUGUAUGCCGGCUCCCUCGGCCAAUAAAGCGAGAUGAGCGCCGCAACCCCAGAGUCGGCCGCGACUGGACCUAAUGGUCAGGGGUCCCUUUAACUUUACCUUACCCAGAUAUAGCUAGAUAUAUUUAUUAGAGUACCCAGUUUCUAUGUUGUAUGGUAUACCUGUUAGAGCAGAAUUAAAUAAUGAGAUGGAGGAGUAAGCCAUAAUGUGAAUAUACCCCACUAAGGCUGAAGCUAGAUGUGAGCCUGAACUUGUAGUUUUUUUUUACUUGUUAACUGCUGCAGGGAGCUCUGAUUUUCAUUGGUACUGUAACACAUGGGGAGUUGUGUCAACCUUUUCCUUCUGCUAUAGUCCUGAUUAAAACAAGUUUCCCUUCUGGCGUCUAUUAGUGCUGGAAGAAAACAUCACAUGGGGUGGGUACAGUGGGUACAUGUUGCAAUAAUGCUUUGCGUUUAUCUAAUAUUAAAAGCACUUCCCAUUCCUUGCAUCAGGAAGCCCUACAGCAACACCGUAUUUUCUCAUAGUUGCAAGGUGUGUAUGUGUUUGUGUCCGGUGCCUGAGGCAAGAUUUAACUUCCUGGUUCACAGGUCAGUCCAUUACAGAGCAAUCUUUUACUCACCUUGAUGCCAGCCCACAGAUACACAGUACACCUGCCAAAUACUACACUUAUUCAGCCUAGGGCAAGAGGGGGAAAUACGUUUUUAUAAAAAAGAUAGAAAAUGGAAGGAUACCCAGCCCUAAUAAGCACAAGCUUUGUUACUGCCCUCCAAUUGCAAGUGGGACUGGCAACACACCCCAUUACGUGUGGCAAUGGAAGCAGCCAGUGACAGUGCGACAAUUGGGGACACCUCCGGCACACCAUCUUGUAUCUUACAGACUACAGAGCACACAAAGGGAUACUAUUGCACCCCAAGUCCAAUGGCUCCAGGGACAUCAUGCUCUCACACAGGGAUUUUUUUCUGCCAGAACACAGUUCUGGCACCUUUUUUUGCCAUGCUUUGCUCAAGAAGUCUGCUCAACCCAGCAAAGGAGGUCCCUAAGCGGUGAGGUGCGCAGGAUGGCAGCCAAAGUGGCCUGAGUGGAGUGGGGGGAGCGGCCAACCUGGCAUCUUGUCACAUGACUUGCAUUACAAGAUGUUGGUGACGGUGGUGUCUGGGUUGGCGACUUGUGGGAAUGUGGAUACUAGGAGAGGAUAUAUAUUGAUUAAAUAUUAUCCUUCCUAACUCACGCUAGUGAGUCAUACAGCAGAGUUCAUUCCCUUCUAUACACAGCAGGAAGCUAGUUGCAGAUUAGUUUGAAUCUCUUUAGUUAAGCAAUCCAAUCUGGCAUGCCCAGAUUGGAGUAUAUUCCCGGUAAGACCCCUUUGUCCCUCCUAAAAAGAAUAUAGACACAAGAAGCUUUAAAAAAAAAACACACAAGAAGAAGUUUACUCACAUUCAGGUCACAGUUGGAUCCCUGAAGGCAGGCUUUCGCUUAGAGUUACAGAAGAAGGUUUGAGCUCAUCCCAUAUGGGAAUGAGCCCAUGUCCUGGUGGCUGAGAGCCAGCAGACAGCAAAAUACAUCAGUAUCCAGAGAGCAUGGCAUCAAGAGGAAGAUGGCUGCGCAAGCAGCUCCUCUUAUGGGGUCUCCCAGGCUCACACCCAACUACCUGGUUACACACAGGGGGAGGAAGCUCCAGAGCAGGUAUGACAGGAAGUCCUUCUGGAACUGGAGUGACCCCGCAUGUCCACUCUGGGCAAACAGGAAGUGUUGCGGCUUAUGUCACAUCCCACACGACUUAGGUGGUGAGUUCGGGCACCUUUUUUCCUAGAAAAAAAGCACUUCCUUCACUCAUGUUUUACAUUCCUGGCACCCCCACCCCACCCCACCCCCACAAAACCCAGUCAUAUUAGGGGCAGAAGAGAGGAGCAUGCCUGGGAUUAAAAUUACCUAGCAGAUACCACAGAGCCGUUUCCUAACCACUCAGCCACAGCAGGAGACCAGAAUCAUGGGGCAUUUUUCUCCCACCUUUGGGGUGAAAAUGGUACAAAUCUUUGACUUUCAUACUCAGAGCCAGGUAGGUAGCUGUGUUGGUCUGACACAGUCGAAAUAAAUUUAAAAACUGUCCAGUUGCACCUUAGAGACCAGCUAAGUUUGUUCUGGGUAUAAGCUUUCAUGUACAUGCACACUUCUUCAGAUACACAUUCAGAUCCUCAGAGCCAUUCUUGAAUAUUAAAGCAUUCUCUGCUUUAAUGAAACACUGAAAGAAAUUUAGCCUUGAUGCAAAGAUGGGGAACCUUUUUUCUGUUGUGGACUGGACUGCAUUCUCAAGAACAUGUAUAUAGCCUGGAGGGGAUUUCAUUAACUCUUUAAGCAUUGACAUAGAUACAAGAUAUCAAAGGUAGCAUUGCCUGAUUAGAAAUUUCUCAGGCAAUGCUAGUUCCAAGACAUCUCUAGUUUGAGAAGGCUUUGAAAACUUGCAAAUAAAGCUUUACUUUAAGUGGCCAUAAAUUGGCACAACAUAAGGUGCACCUUUUCAAAGCUAUGAUUGCCUUUACCUUUAGCUGCCAGAAAAGGGAUACAACGGUAAAAUAUUUUAAUGGUGUAGUUUAUAGAAGCAAACAUUAGGUGGUAACCAAGGAGACUAUGACCAGGAGGUUGGUCACCAUCUACUUUCCAUUUUUAUGCACGUUACACAACACCACACACACACACACACACACACACACACUAAAGAAUGCUGAGGUGUUAUAAUUUGCAUCUCAGGCUGUUUCCAUGAUACUGGGUGGUUUGCAAACUACCACCUCAAAGAAGGGCUAUAGGAUUCAAAAUACAAGCUUCUGUUCUUUAAAAAUUAUUCAGUGCAAAAGAUGGCAAUGUGUGGACCAGAAGUCUCAUGGGGCUGGCAUGAGAGCUUUUGUGUAGCUCAGGGCUGACAGAGUGAGGCAGUUGCCAGAGGCAGUGAUUGCUGGAAGGAGUGGGGCAGUGGUAGCCCCCCCACACACACGGGGGGGGGAGACACCCUCCCUAAUGCAGUACAGAUCUCUGUGUGCUAUGAAGGGCCCCUGCUCCCCUCUCUUGAGGUGGAGUGAAGGAUGGGAUCCUGUAGAAGUAAAAUUCAUCUGUGUGAACCUUAUUGGCUUCAGCAAGAGGAAUGGGGGGGGAGGGUUGCCCCUCGCUUUAGGCAGCAAAAGGCCUUGGUGUGGGCCACAUCCUAUUUUCUGAGAAUAUAGGCUUAUUUUAUGAUGGGAGCUUUCAGACUUCAUGACUGUGGAGAACAUGGGAAUGAUAGAAUGCCAUAGAAGUUCCAAAUAAAUAAAUAAGAAGACAAAUGGCUAAAUUUAUAAGCUUUGAGGUUUUAUAAUUCCUGGUAAUUACAAUUCUUAAUCUUUCUAAUUCCACAUUGAUCUGGUGAGAAGGGAUUUGUCUUGCUUACAAGUUUUUCCAAAAUCCCCCCACCCUCUCUCUGGCCUAGACAAGAGGUCGAUUUAGAGCAGUGGGACCAGUUCUGCCACACUGAACGCCGAGCCCUAUGGGGUGCCUCAGGGUGUCUGACUAUUGACGUGGUGCAGAGCAUAAAGCGUGGGGUUGACAGGGAGAAUGUACAUGUGAAAUAUCACAGGUUUCAUUUUGUCCCCAUGGAUCCUGGACUCGAGGGUGCCUUGCCAGCUUUUAUUAAACUUUAUGGAGGAGAGAAAGAUAUGCUUGUCAGAUAGCUUGUGUUGCCAUGGCAACAUUAAUAGACAUCUGCCAUGAGGACAUCUGGCUUCUUGAGCCACUUCUGCCCUGCGGAUGUUUUGGGUCUGUAGCUGACAGGCAGUUACAGGUUCUCCUACAUUUCAAGGCUACAUUCUUCCUCUUUUGCUGAACAUUGUGAGCAGGAAAAGCUUGGCUUAUCACUACACCUUCUGACGUUUUUGAUGUGAGAUAACAGGAGUGGCAGUAAGGGCAACCCCAAGGAAAGAUUACUGCCCAUCUCAGGGUGGGCCAGGGGCAUAGAGUGGCAGGGGUGGGGCGAUCCACCCAUGGGGGCGGGGCAAUCCGUGCACAGAGGCGGCACGGAGAUCCACACAUGGGGGUGCUGCACAGGGGCAGCACAGCUGUUUGCCCAGUGGGGUGGCAUGGCGAGCUGCCCACAGAGUCUGCCUGGCGGAUUCAAGUACUAUGCUGCCGUUAUGGGCAGCGCAUGGCCCUGAGCCACCGCGUCACUCCCAGGAGAGACGAGUGGCUCAGGCGCACUGCAGGCCAGGCCCCGUGCUGCCUCCCACGGUGUGCCAUUUUGUCACACACACCCCUCAAGGAUGGAGCCUGGGGCGGGCCGCACCCGCCUUCCUACGCCCCUGAGGAGGGCAUCUUUAUAAGACGCCGGGGGGGGGGGGGGGAUGGACAGGACACUCCAGCAGAAUGCCAAGUGGCAUUUGCUAUGAGAGACACUGCUGACAAUAUUCCAAGUGCCUUAUCUCUCAAAUUAGAUUGUUACAUGGGGCAGGUAACCACAUAUUAAACGUCUAUGGCAAGUUCGUUGGCAAAACGGAGGCAAGUUUCUCAGAAAACUAAUGAGGAGAAUGGUGCCUGCAAAUGUUUGCCUCAUAUCCCAGGUUUGACAAAUCCUAGAAACAAACUGGUUGUUGUUCUUUAAAUGAAAUCUGGAACUUCAAGUUCAGAGGGUAGGGGACCAUCUGUUCCUCUUGCCUCCCCCUUGGAGAUGACGCCAUGUGGGUUUUUAAUUAGUGAGUGCUUGUACAUAUUUUUUUCUCUUUGCAGGUGGAUGCAGUCCGGGUUAAUGUACAGAGUAACUCUGAAGAUCUUCAGUAUCCAGUCUUGUUUGUAGUUCGGCAGCAGAAAGGAGUGCUAUCCUGGCAGGUCCCACUUAUUUUUCGAGGCCUGUAAGUAGUUCGAAAGCACAUCAAAGUGCAAGUAGAUAAAUAGGUACCGCUCCAGCGGGAAGGUAAACGACAUUUCCGUGCGCUGCUCUGGUUCGCCAGAAGCGGCUUAGUCAUGCUGGCCACAUGACCGGGAAGCUGUACGCCAGCUCCCUUGGCCAAUAAAGCAAGAUGAGUGCCGCAACCCCAGAGUCGGUCACGAUUGGACCUAAUGGUCAGGGGUCCCUUUACCUUUAAGUAGUUGUAGUAUUGUCAUUGCCUGACGGUGUAUUUGAUGCUAUUCUGUUUAAGGUUUUCCAUAUUUAGUCCCCUUCAUUGAAUAGGUGAUGAGAGCAUAUCAUUUCAUCCCAGGUCCCACCUAUUGUAUCUGUGGCGUGGUGGAAGGAUAUCUUAAGUGGCAGAGGCGUGUCUCAAUUCUGCUGGCAUGAUGGGGCUCCUGCAGAAUCCUAUAGCCCUUUCAUCAGUGCAUACUGAAUAUGGUUCAACAUGGCUGUUCCUCUAGAAUUUAGCAAUGUCAUUUUUCUUGGGUAUGAAGAAUUCUGGAUUUUAUUCUUGUUUUUCCAGUUACCAAAGAAGUUAUAACUACCAAGAAGUGAGCCGUACCCUCUGCCCUUCACAGCCCACACCUGACAGUGGACCUUCUGAGCAGAUCAUAUUUGUAGAUGUGGCUUCCAUGGCCCCCUAUAAUGCCCUAUACAGACUGCAGGUCACCAAGAUUAAGAGCUUCCAACUUAUGUGAGUAGUUCACGUUUUGACUCUGAACUUGUCUGUGUUUUUUUGUUCUGCAUUCACGGUUGCUGUCAGUUACACAUACGUAUUACCACUGUGACUAGAAGACCUUAGGCUACUUUGAGAUAUGGUAUAAUCGGUUCAGGUUGCUCUGGCUUAUUGUUAGCACAGCUUGGAGACAGAUUGCAAGGGAAAGCUGGUGGACAGCAUAGGUGCCAACUCCCUGGGGCCCUGGGUGCCCGAGCACCCACAAAAUUCCCCACGAAGGGGCCAGGCACUCACAAAUUUCAGUGUCAGGGCCAUGCACGCUGCAUGGCACCCAUGGCCUAGGGCACCCAUGGCCACAGGGCCAAGCUGGCACUCCUGGUGGACAGCAUCACUCUCUUCUGACAGAGUCCAAGCCUAAAACUUCUUUUUUACUCUUGGAUAAAUUUUAGUUGGAUCCUCAAGUGUGUGUGUGUGUGUGUGUGUGUGUGUGUGUGUACCCCUUCAACUUGCAACCCAUCUGUCUUAGCUCGUCCUGACACACUGGGUUUGUGCUGGGCAGUUAUAAAUGCAGAUGUGUGAAGCCCACCCCCUUUUAUAUACAUGGAGAUUUUCACUUUUCUGCCUUGUGCUAUUGAAUAUCCAUGGAAACCCCUGCUGGCUUUUCUAAGAGUUUGUUUAUUCAGCCAUUGGUAAUUUGAUUUCCUUAAAAAACACACACACACCAUUAUUACAAAGCAUACAAAAAGAUAAAGGAAGUAACCGCUUUCCACAACAUUAGUGCAGCUUACAGAGCUGAAACAGACUUGUAGCACAAAACAGAUCACUACGAAUCUGUGGUUCUCGAAGAGUGUGGUGUACCAAACUGGUGUGGAAGGAGAGGGUGGCAAGUCUGGUGGGAAGAUUCAAGGACAAUCAAGCUCAUUGAAUAUGUGUUCAUACAUAAGGUACAUAUGUAAGAGGCUCGUUUAUAAUUAUAUUUUGGAAAUGACUUAUGUUCUUGUGUAGCUGCAUUUAUUUUAUACUUACUGGAUGUCCCAUGAUCAUAUUAGAAAGUAAUUGUGUUAUAAAGCAAACACUGCCAGGAGUUGUUUCAUUUUGUUUUCCAAUGUAUUUGUAUGAACAACUUUUGAUUCUAGCCCAGAAAAGAAAGUUUGAGAACCACUGCUAUCAUAAACAAAUGGGGAAAAAGAGGGAUUGGCAUAUUCCCUCUUGCGCUUUUACUCCAACCAAGAUUGACACAUAGUGACUGGAAGUUGGGGCAGUUCCUCUGUAUUUCCAGACAGAAACUAAAUUGAAUUGGACAGAGGAUGGUUUCAGGAGGGAGGUGUUUAUUUUCCCUCAAAACAUCUGUAAUUUGAUCUCUGCUGAAGAAGCCAUCAGUCACCUGAUGAUUGGUCUAUUGUCUUAAGCCAGGCUUCCUCAAACUCGGCCUGCCAGAUGUUUUGAGACUACAAUUCCCAUCAUCCCUGACCACUGGUCCUGCUAGCUAGGGAUCAUGGGAGUUGUAGGCCAAAAACAUCUGGAGGGCCGAGGUUGAGGAAGCCUGCCCUAAGCAAUGCAAUGAAACUGCCUGACUUUUUCCCCUCUGAGGAAAAGACCUUAGGUUCAGAGAUCACUUUCUUCUAUGAAGGGUGAACAGGGUAAUUCAGGGCAUCUGAUUCAAGGAGAAAGAGGUGCUUUCAUAAUCCAGCUUCUCAGUUUUGCUUUGGCACCUAUUAUAUACCAAAUGAACUGAUGAGCGGGGAAAAUACCUGCCGGCUUUUCUCAUUGACUUUGCGGGUGCCUGGCCUCCACAAUUAUAUUAUUGUGAGUACCCUGGAGUUGGCUCCUAUGAUGGGCUUUAUCUUCAAAAACCUUCUUCCUGCCAAUGUUCUGGUGUAUUUUGGGUUUUAUGUUGGCAUCCAUACUAAUCUUUUCCCCUCCUGUGUUUUCAGGUUGAACACUCCUUUUAGCUUUAGUGCCAGCCCUUCCCAACCGCAGGUAAGUUAGAGUACUGGAUGCUAAGUAUAGAUUAUACAUCCCCCCCGCAGUGGCAAGUGAGUAUAAUUAGUAGUUUGACUAUUAGGAUCACUACCUCUCCUUAGGGCUGAUAUGCCCUAAUUGCACAAUACCAGAAAACAUUAUCUUGUGGCCAUUGUAAGUACUGUAUUUUCCCGUGUAUGAGAUGAUAUUUUCUGCUAAAAAAAAAUUAGUCAAAAAUUGGGGGGCGUCUUAUACACAGAUGGUGAAUGUAUGGGGUUUAAAACACACACACACACACACACACAACCACUACUUACUUUCCUGCAGCUGCCAUGAAGAAGCUGCUGGAACCAGUUCCACCAACCAUUACAGGCUGACCACUGGUGGGAUUUGUUCAUUCUUUAGCAAAUGUCUGGGUCAACAACUUUCUGCCGCUUCUGAUUGUCCGGGUUUUCAUUUCUAGAGAUAUGGCAACCCUAAAAUAAUGAUUUUUUAAUUUUGGGUUAAAAAAAGGGGGUCACCUUAUACAUCGGGGCAUCUUAUACAUGGAAAAAUAUGGUAGAUAAGCUUUAUUGUACUAGCCAAAUGCCAUAACAAAACCAUACAAACACCACCAGGAAAAGAAAUAUCUAUAUUAUAUAUAAAAAACAAAGCCACUCCCUGAAGCAUCAAAAUAAUAAAAUGCAGAUGCGUUACUGAAUGAUUUGUAGAGUGGGGACUCCACACAACAUACAAUAUUUUCCUAUUUAGGCCUCUGAAUCUCCCUCACAGUUUACUUCAGUUUUGUCCAGGUUCUUCUUCCUGAUCUUUCUUGCUGCCAGUGCAAACAGGGCUACAGUUUGAGUCACUGAAGCAUUAGCAACACUGAGCAGCCAUAGCAGACUCUCCGUGGGUGGGAGAGGUAGCUUUUUUGGACAAACAAGGCAUUUCCAAAGCGUUCCCUAGGUUCUGUAUAUAGUGGGCAAUGUAAUAAAUAGUGCUGGAUGUCCUUCAGCUGUGGUUGCUCACAAAUACAAAGUCUGUCUGUGUACAGAACCCUGUCAUAACGCCCGUUCAGGACAGCAGAGGGCAUUAUUUGUGGCCAUUCAAAAGAAUUAUAUUGCGUUGCAUACUUCUACCAGGCUCUUGGCUUGUCCAGGUACACGGGGAGGCCAUGUCCCAAGAAACAAAUCAUUAGCAAGCAGUGUAUUCUAAUCCCUAAACUGCCUCGGCCCAGUAUACCUGAAGGAGCAUCUCCACCCCCAUCGUUCUGCCUGGACACUGAGGUCCAGCUCUAAGGUCCUUUUGGCGGUUCCCUCACUGUGAGAUGUGAGGUUACAGGGAAGCAGGCAGAGGGCCUUCUUGGUGGUGGCACCCGCCCUGUAGAACGCGCUCCCAUCAGAUGUCAAGGAAAUAAACAACUACGUAUCUGACUUUUAGAAGACAUCUGAAGACAGCCCUGUUUAGGGAAGUUUUUAAUGUUUGAUGUUGUAUUCUGUUUUUAAUCUGUUGUGAGCCCCCCAGAGUGGCUGGGGAAACCCAGCCAGAUGUGUGGGGUAUAAAUAAUAAAUUGUUGUUGUUGUUAUCGUUCUGCCCGGACACUGAGGUCCAGCGCUGAGGGCCUUCUGGUGGUUCCCUUGCUGUGAGAAGCCAAGUUACAGGGAACCAGGCAGAGGGCCUUCUCGGUAGUGGUACCCACCCUGUGGAAUGCCCUCCCACCAGAUGUCAAAGAGAAAAAUAACUACCAAACUUUUAGAAGACAUAUGAAGGCAGCCCUGUUUAGGGAAGCUUUUAAUGUUUAAUAGGUUAUUGUAUUUUAGUGUUUUGUUGGAAGCUGCCCAGAGUGGCUGGGGAAUAAAUCAUCAUCAUCAUCAUCAUCACCUUGCAAGAAGUGGUGGCUUGUGUGAGGAGUGGUGGAGAGCAGGAGCUCAGCCUAGCAGGAUUUUCAAAGUCUAUGAAAUGUUCAGACUGAAUAGUGGGCCGUGCUACGGCUCAGGCUUUGUAGCUGUAGGUGCAUUGACACUGGGUUUUCUGACGAGGUUCUGAGUCAACUGGUGGGGUUUGCAAUGACGCCCUAAGGUGGCACCACUGAGGAGCAUAGUUCAGUCUGCAUCUUCUUCAGCAGACAACUUGCCUUGGUUGCCCAGGAGGUAAGAUGCUGGAGCCUGGCCUCUGGGAGUCAUGCUUCUGGCUACAAGGUCCCAUCCCUCCCCUGCUGUUGGCGAAUUAUGUCCCUUCCUUUUCCUGCCACAUUUCACACACUUGCAGAGUUCUGAAUCAAAACACCAUAGCUAUGAAAAGUGGCAGAGAUAGUAGAGAGGAUAAUCUUUGUGCAUUGUGAGCAGAAGUAUUUCAGUCCCAUAUAAGUGUCCCGUCCCCCCCUCCUUCGAACAUUGUUGUUCAUUUUUACCCAUGGCUGCAAAGUCCACUUCUUGUUUGAUUUGCUAAGGGAGAAAAGCUAUUUGCUUAGUUGAAAGGCACCAGCUUAUGGGACUGAUAGCGGACAAGGGCAAAUGUAUUCAAAAGCAGCUCCUUCAGUAAUAGGGAGCACACAAAAAGCAAUGACUCCCUUGGACCAUAGUGGAAUUCAAGCACCUCUUUCAAGCUUCCGCCAUCUUUAGGUGUAACAGUCUUAACUCUGUUUACCAGAUCUUGCAUAAGGAAUUCCUACAUACUUAACAUCCUGUUUUGGUUUACUCUGCUUUUGAAGAUUUGUAUCUGAGCUUGAUUACCUGAGUGUGAGGGCAAGCACCUUGUGAGUUAUCUUUUCAAAGAUGUAUCAUCUCUGGAUCCAAAUAUGUCGAUGGACUUUCCUCCAUCCCUUUCCUCAAUUAACCUUCAGCCUCAGCCCAGUUCCCACCCCUCCCUUUUCUCCUCUUUUUACUUUAUUGCAACAGUGUUAGGGGUACUUUUAGCAGAGAAGCAGCUCAUUAAUGCCAACGAUAAAUAAAUAGAAAGGUUCCUAUUAUUUCCCCCACUGGCUAGUGGAAGCAUUUGUGAAAUGACUACACUGUAGUCCUCGUAGGCCACAGUAAUGAGAAUCUUUGAGGAACUGGUUUUUCUGGUUUUCGGAAUGGUGUCUGCUAGGAUUUUUUUUUGCCAAAACACAGGCUGAGCUCAUUCAACAAGAGAUGACUGUAACAGUAAGCUUUUUGACCCUGUGAAGAUGGGUACAAAGGACAGGUGAAGUACAAACAAGGAGAUUAAUGACCAUUAUUAUUACUAUUAUUAUUUUAUUUUAAAUUCCUAUCCUGCCCUUCUUCUCAGAGCAGCAGCCAACACAACGCAUAGUUUAUGUUAUUGUGCAGUUGCCAUUGUGUGAGUGAAUGGUGAAUGUUUUUCAACUGCGUAAACCGAAGAGGAGCACUUGACGGAGCCUGGGAGUGGCUGCAACUCCUUGCCACAUGUGCAUGCAGUUUAAUCUAUGUUUGCCACCAUGUAACCGCUCUGAGGUUUUACAGUCAAAACCGAGGAAAUAAACAGCUUGCCCCACCACUUCAUACUGCUUAACUGGGGCUGACCCCAACCACAGCUUGGCAGUGUGAAAGUUGCCACUACUGUGCUCACUCUUGAAUUGCUACAGUCACAUUUAAGUCUCCAGCCACAUGGGUCUGAACCUUGCCUGUGAUGGAUGCUGAUUGGACAGCUGCUGGUGGGCAUGGCUCACAGUGGCAAUGCCCAUGCCACUCAGUUUAAACUGGGCCUUGUGCAACAGCUGGUAAGAGGGGAGGUUCAAUUUGUGUGUCAUGACAACAGCGGUGUGCCCUAAUGAGAUGGAGGGAGGGAAGGGGAGAUCGAGUACAAGGCUGUUUUCUAUCGUCUCCAAGCCAUGAUAGAGCUCAGUAUUUAUUUCUUGCGAAAUCCAACUUAUGUACUGAGUUGAAUAGGAUCCAAACUGCAGCAGUCUGAUUGGUCCUAGAACAAUAGGAUCCAAACUGCAGCAGUCUGAUUGGUCCUAGAACAAUAGGAUUCAGAAUGCAGCAGUCUGAUUGGUCCUAGAACAAUGCAGCAGUAUGAUUGGUUGGCAGGAACCACCCAAUCAUGCUCCAGAUAUAAGUGAAUCCACAACCUGUUUGGCUUACAGUAGAAUUCCAGAAUUAGCCAAUCAUGUGCAGCCCAUUGUGUAAAUAAUGUAUAUAAAGCAGAUACUUUGAGGGGACAUUCACUCAUUCCUCCUCACCACUAUGAGCUGAAUAAAGAGCAUGAAAUCACUUUGCGACUCUGAGUAUAUUUCACCCACCUUUCCUCUAUGUUGGAACUCAAGGCAGUGUGCCCAGGGAGUCUUCCUUCUGGGCACUGAGGAGGUUCAGACUUGCUUACCUUCAGCACACUAUGCCAUGUCCCUUCAGACCAAUGCUCUGCGACGAGGGACUUGCUUAAGUUGGCCAUAGCGGAAAUUGGGCUUUAAAAUUUCAGCAGUGCCCUGUACAAAGCCCAAAUUUGGUGCCCCUCCACCUCUCGCCUUCUGUUGCUUCUCAUUGUUGCAGUGUCCCCUGAGGUGCCCACUCAGCUUGGCGCCCAAUGCGGGCAAACAGGUCGUACUCCCUUUAAUUCUUCUGUGGGCUCUCCAGUGGGCAUGGCUUUUCUCAUGACAUAAGGAUGUUUUUAGCGCAUGACAAGAAAGAACCUUAAAAUCCUUUCCUUCUUUCCAUAGUAUUUUCUGUACAAGUUCCCUCCAGAUGUGGAUUCUGUCAUAGUCAGAGUGACUUCUGAGACAGUCUACCCAUGCUCCGUUGUCUCCAUCCAGGAUAUUGUGGUAAGCUCCAGGAGGCUGGGUCAUACAGAAGGGCUGUAAUAGCCUGGUAGAACAUUUUGGUAUUGCUUUCCCAGGCUUAGCAUUGCGCAUCAAUAACUAUGUCUCAGGUACUGGGAGUUUUGUGUGGGCUUUUAAGAUCUAAAUGUUUUGAACUGAGGUCUCAUGCCAAAUGGUGAGAAUAUGCUUAGGUGUGUUUGUGGUCAUUGGUCAGGGGAAUGGCUUGUGACAGGGGCAAAACUAGGCUUUAUUUCCCCCGGGUCAAAGACCCAGUUUGGUACCCCUCCAUGUACAUUUGCAUACAUACACACACAGGCUGGGAGCCUUCACCCGGGCUUCACCUGGGGUAAAAGAACUGGCUAUUGUCGCACAUGUAUGCAACAACAGCCGCAGGGAUGCUAUUUGCCCAGAGAUGGAAAGAAGAUAAAGUCGCUACCAGAGAGGAAUGGCAAAUCAAGCUGUUGGACUACGCUGAAAUGGCAAAACUGACUGGAAGACCUAAACUUCAAUAAAGAAUGGGGGAAAUUUAUAAUUUAUCUAGGAGAUCACUGUAAACAGAUGAAAACAUUAGCAGGAUCUUAAUAACACAAAUAUUAUGGAUAAGAUGGAAAGAUACAAAGUAUGGAUUGUGGAAAAAUAUGCAGUUAAGAAGGUGUACAAUAGGACCCUUUGAAGGGAAGGUGGGAAGUCCAGAGAUUUGGAGGAAACUCUAAAUAUGGAUAUGUAAUUUGGAUUGUUAUAAAUUAAUAUCUGUAAAACCAAAUAAAAAAGUUAUUAUACAAAAGAACUGGCUAGCCCCUCCCCAAGCUACUGCACUGUUUGUGAGCUGUACUCAGUUUCUUCCAGACUCAUGAAAGUCGGUUGUUCUUGGUCAGCUGGAAUUAACACGUAAUGUUUUAAAAUACAGAAGUUGGCUUUCGAUGAAAAGCAGUCAUGUUUAAGGGGAGUAAUCAAUUCAGGACAGGUCAGGACAGUACAAACAGGAACUGAAAAUAAAGGGCAAACAAUCCCAUGUGGAUUGUGGGUUUUUGAGGGGAUACUUACUGAGCUUUUUCACAAAGUAAUAGGAGACACUGGUAGAGACUGGAGGCUGCCACAUUAAACGGCAUCUGCCCUCAAUAUUGAGAAAAAUAUAUGGUGUAUAUUGUACAGUGCAAAAUUGCAGUUCAGGAAAAGAUUUGUGCAAGGUAACUUUAAGAGAGAACCUAAGACAACUCUUUAACAAGCAAUGUCUAUCUGUUGCAGUGUCCAGUUUAUGAUUUGGACCAUAAUGUGGAAUUUAAUGGCAUUUACCAAUCCAUGACAAAACAGGCAGCCAUCACUGUGCAGGUGAGUUGCUUAUGCUAUCCAUUAAGCCAUUUCCCUGUUUUCCCUUUUCACUUUAUUGUUCUAGCCAAAGGCAGCUCUAGGUUCAAAAAAUGUUGAGAUUAAGACAGGGAUGUACAAUAGAUGGAGAAAGGUUCUGUGACCCUCUUCAAGUUUCUACAGAACUACAGAGAUCCUCUCAUUUGUUGAAAGACUCAGUCUUAAAGAUGAAUUUUGCUUCUUGUCUUAUUCAGAAAAAGGACUUCCCAAGCAUGCAGUUCUUUGUUGUAUUUGUCAUAAAGCCUGAGGACUAUGCCUGUGGCGGAUCGAUACCUUCCUCCAUUCGAGGUAAGAGGACUGGAACCAGUAUGGUUGGGGAAAGCAGCCUAUUCAUAAGGCACCAUCUUGGACACACUUAGACUGCAAUGGCAAUGUCCGCAUGAAAUUUCAUCAGUUGUCUAAAUGUAGUUGGAUCCUAGAGAAGCCCAGCAAGCAGCUGUGGAAAGAAGGAAUGAGCUUCCCAGGUUGGGCAUCUCCUUAUGAACCCUAUAAAUAAUAUCUGACAAGAGUUCUUAUCAAGAGAUGAUAUCAUCUGCACCACAUACCUUUCAAUGUGAUGCUGCCUUUGAUAUGUAUCAAAGUUCAAAGGAAUAUUGCCCAGUUGCCUCUUCAGUGUGUUCUAUCAUUUUUGUUCCCUAAGCAGUAGUGGAUUAUGGGAACAAUAGCUGCACACAGUUGCACGCAUAGAUAGACAGACAGACAGACAGAUAGAUAGAUAGAUAAAUUAAAGGGUGGAAGGUCAAGGGUUUAAUGUGCAUUUUCAGACCUCCCAAAAUGACAAAUUUCACAGCAAAACUCAAAUCUAACACACACAAAAUCAGCAUAGCACCAAUCAGCAGUGAUUCCUUGAAUUUUGCAUAUGAAAAAGUUGAGAGUACUUUUAUUAAUUGGGGGAAAACUUGGUUACAAUUUUCCAAAAAGUCUUAAGUGCACAUUGAAUAAAUUCGUUCUUUGAAAUCACACGGGUUCUUGUAAUUGAUCUAGCAUUUGUUGAUUUCAUUCAUUCAUUCAUUUCCUGCUUUUAUUGAAAAAUUAUGAAAGCAGUUUCAUUCAAAAAUACUAGAGUACUGUACAGCAAUUCCUGUGCUGCAUCUUGGAGCACUCACCCCAAGUGAGUGAGGGGUUAGACAGCACCCCAACGUGUUCUGCCCAGAAUAGCCUAAACUGCUGUUGCAUGACCAAGGCCACAAGAAAUUCAUUCUUUCUCCCCGCCUCCCACCCUGCAAUCUUCUUACUCUAGGAAAGGCUAACUACACCUGGAACCUGCAGCGGAUGAAGAGUCUUGAAGUGACAGUUGUUCCCUCCAUUAAAGGUAUCUGGCUAUAAGGUUAACUUCUUCUUAUGAUGAGUCUCAGAAAGAGAAGUAAACUAUUUGGGAACAAUGUCCCUGUAGAUAGGAGGAGUCUAGAAAGUGCUAAUGCAUCCCAUGCCUUUUUAAAAUGUGGGGUUUGGGGGGUACUGGGUUGUUUUUAUUUCGAUUACAUAUUUUGUGGUUUUAUAUUUCGAUUUUGUUCUGUGAACCAUCCUGAGACCUGCCGGUAUAGGGCGCUGUAUAAAUUCAAAAUAAUAAUAAUAAUAAUAGGAUCUUUUAAAAAUUAGUACAAAAUGGCUGGUUUUCACAGAACUGUUCCACUUUCAAGGCCAAAGUAGGUACACGUUGAAAUGUACCUUUAUGUUUUAUCUGUAGGUUGUGGGGCUGAUAAUUGUUGCUGGCCUCAUAGCAGGCAUAGAAUGGCAAUGCAAUCAUCUCCUUCCCCUCUGCAGUCCCGAGGAAACUUGCUUCUCUGAAGGAAGCACUGGAACAUACUGACACAAUCAGCUAUUACAUCUCCCUCCUGAUUAUCAUCCCCCCCAGUUUAUUCAGUGUAUUUAUUUGUUACGCAUACCCCUCUCCCUGAAAAAUGCCCAAGACAGAUAACAACAAAAUCCAUACAUAGCAAAUCAGCAAUAUGACAAUAAAACCAUGCAACAAUCAAAAAGAGCAGAUGAAAGAAAUGACAGCUAGUUAAAAACGUACUGUAUUUUUCUGUGUAUAAGACUAGGUCUUUUUUCCUAAUAAAUUAUGUCAAAACUUAGGGGGCAUCUUAUACACAAAUAGUGCCGAGGCCAUUUUCUAGUAGGUAAGGUAAAGGGACCCCUGACCAUUAGGUCCAGUCGUAGCCGACUCUGGGGUUGCGGCGCUCAUCUCGCUUUACUGGCCGAGGGAGCCAGCGUACAGCUUCCGGGUCAUGUGGCCAGCAUGACUAAGCCGCUUCUGGCGAACCAGAGCAGCGCACGGAAACGCCAUUUACCUUCCCGUCGGAGCAGUACCUAUUUAUCUACUUGCACUCUGACGUGCUUUCGAACCGCUAGGUUGGCAGGAGCAGGGACUGAGCAACGGGAGCUCACCCUUUCGCAGGGAUUCGAACCGCUGACCUUCUGAUCAGCAAGUCCAAGGCUCUGUGGUUUAACCCACAGCGCCACCCGCGUCCCCAAAAGUAGGGUGUGUCUUAUACAUGGGGGCGUCUUAUAGACAGAAAAUAUGGUAAUUUAGGUAAAAACACACAGACAUUAAAUUGCAGAGCAGCAGAGAAAAGCCAGUUUAUGUUGUGGGGCAGACUGCAGAGCGUGGGUCACACUUGGCUCUGACUCCAGUUGCAGGACAGAAGUAUAUGCUUGUGUAUUGGAGGAGGAAGAAUUGGAUAUUCUCUGUUGUCCACUUUUUGGUCUGCUGCAGACCUGGCCCACUGAUGAGGCAGGGUGAGGUGCUUGCCUCAAACUGUGGAAGCCCCAAAGGCAGCGCCCAACUCACCUCUGCUGCCCGCCUUGCCUCCGCCUCCCACCCUGCCACAUCUGCUGCCAGGGGAGAAGCUGCGCCAGCUGCAGCACCAGUUUCUUUCAAGAUCUCAUGAGAUCUCAAUGAAAUCUUGGGGGACUUCAGUGAGAUCUCGCAAGAUCUCACCAGAAGCCACCGCCACCGCACAGGUCGGAGUGGUGGGGAGGCAGCAAGGGGGCAGGGCAACAGCUAGUGGCAACAUUUUCCCGGUUCACCUCAAAAUGGGACGUGGCACCCCUGGUCUGCUGCAGCAAGGCUUUGGAGAGAGUGAAAAGACUUGUGCUACCGUUUUAGGAGCAAGAGCAGCCUAACGGCAGAGGGACGGACUUAUGGGUUCAUCCUCUUCAUAUGCUGAUGGCAGAUCCUUUUUCCUUCCCCCAGGUUCAGUUUAUGUGAACGCCAUCCUUUUCAGCUUUCUGAGUUUCUUCUCAUUCUAUCUGGGCGCACUGGUGGUUGCAUUUGUGCACUACGUCAGGUGGGUGAAGCAUUCAGCAGUGUCUGCGUGGAGGGCAAGCCAGUUGCCUCAUUUUCCAUUUACUGACAUGCCUGACCCUGCAGGAAGUCAGGAGAAGAGUUGGCCAAAGAAGUUGCCAUCCCUUUAAAGACUGGUAUAAAUUAGCUUGGCACUCUUUGUACUCUCUUUCCUUUUUGCCACUUCCUCUUUGACUGUAACGUCAUCUUCUUUACACGUGACCUUUCACCUAUGGAGCUUCUUGAUUCCUCCCAUAAUUCCUCCCUGCACAAAAGAGAAAGUGCCCCCCCCCAAAAAUUCUCUCCACGCUUUUGCCCAUGGUUCAUUCCUCUUCCUUGAAAAAGGAUUUGUUUUGCACCUAUUUCUCCCCCAAUGUCUUCUUUUGGCUCACAUCCUUUCCAUUUUACCAUGGUUUCUAGAUGAAAUGAUUGCCCCUGGUUUGUAGUGUAGGAAGAAAACUCUGUGCAUGAAGGAAGAUGGGCCAGGACUUUACAAAUACCAGUUCCAGCGUCCUGCUUCUGCUUCUCCAGGAGAGCAUUUUCUUUUGAUUAACCCAUGUGAUGUUAAAAAAACCAGGAAAUAAUCCACCAAGACUUUGGUUCGCAUGGUAUCUAGAAUCAAAUUUCUCUGCUUUGUAAAGCAUAUGUGGACGAUGGCACUGGACAUCUCACAGAUGAGGGUAAUAGCUGCGUAGCCUGAUGGAUAAUUAGCCAUGUUUGUGCUUGAUUGCAGGAACCAUAGGAAGCCUUCAAUUGCCGGACACAGUCCUGAUGAUGGUAACCUUCUAGUAUACUGUUCUUAUAUCACAGACCUGGAAGGCACUUCGUGGGUUACUGGACCCAAGCUCCUGCCCGCUGCAGGAGUCCUAUCUAACACACACACGCACACACACACACACACACACACACACAGUAAGGAAAUAAAUAAUAGCCAUGGACAACACUGCAGGGGUGUUGUAAACCAUUCAGAGACUGACCUGUGAACUGAAGGCCCAUCACACUCUCACCCUUCCAACAUACAAUUUAAACUGCAUUUGCAUGAGCAAAGUUCUUUGUAAAAAUGUUUUACCCUAAAUAAGAACUAAUAAAGAGCAGGGACUUUGUAGUGUUACCUGUUGGUUUUUUGUUUUGUUUUUAGGAGUGCUGCUAAUCUCUACCAUAGUAAAACCUUGGGUUUCUUGAUGGAUUUAUUUGUCCCUGGGGGCAUUUAAAAAUAGUGUGUGUGUGUGUGUGUGUGUGUGUGUGUGUGUGUGUGAACCAAGAAGUUACCUGUCCAUACAAUGAAGUAUUUCUCACUAUAAUUUUUGGAACUGUGUAUGUCUUCCUCGACCCUCUUUUCCCAGUAUUCACCAUUCCUUUUUGGCUACAUAAGUGUCGGCAUUCUCAGUCUCAACUGAAGGGAAUGGCAAUACGUACUGACCUACAACAGAAAUCAAAACAAUGUAUUCAUAGCCUUUCAGCAUUUGAAAUAACCAUCCCUGCCCAACGGCCCUGCUGGCUGCAGUAAAUGGGAGCUGGAGUCCAUCAGCAUCUGGAAGGCCAAUAAGUCCUCUAUUCCUUCUAUAAUGGUUCACUGCUCACUUUGCGAAUGGCAUGCAUUACUAAAUGCUUUAGGCCACCUGUUCCCCUUUCCUGAAUAUUAUGUGCAAUCCAGCUGGGCUUUGUUGACCUUUUUCCUUUUGUAACCUCACCCUCUGAUUGUUCCAUUCUUUGGGUUCCUCCCAUCGCUUACACUGAGGAAGAUGGGCUGCAGAAACCAGUUUUGCUUCAUCACACCUUGUUAAGCAAACACUGGUGGUACAUUCUGCCAGUUUGCCGGAGGAGACUUGUUUGAAACGAGCCUCCUGCAAAUGUCUCCUAUUUGAUGUCUCAACUGCUCUCGUAAAGCAUUCUUACUCAGAACUGAUAAUUUAUGCAGUGACAUGCCAGGUAUAUCCACAUGUACAACACUGAGGUGCGAGUGGGCAGUGCUUUUUCCUGGGGGGACGCAGACCCCUCAACAUUUUGUGAAUCUAAGUUUGGCCUCAUUGAAGGGCAGUGUUUCAACAUGAGUAGGAAAAUGACAGUACCCCUAAACAUUUUUUUAGGGGGAGAAGGCACUGCAAGUGGGGCAGUGCUGGCCCACCCAUGAGGCAAGGGGAGGCGGCUAUCACAAGCGGUGAAUCCACAGGGGGAGCAAAUCCCAAUGUUGAUAUUUCUUCCCUACUUGUUCUUGAUCUUCCCUCACCCCUUCUUCCCUAGCGGGGGGAGGGUACCGCCUCAGGUGCCAAAAUGCAUUGGGCAAGCCCUGUCUUGGGGUGGGCUGGGGAUAAAAGUUGGGGAAUGUGUUAGCAUUCUCUGGUUCCCAUUGUGGCUCCCUGUGGCUUCAGACAGAAGCAAAUGAGCUAACAAGCACACUAUUCUUCACCUCUUCCAUGAGGCAGCAACCUCCAUUCCUUGAGCUCCUUCCCAUCAGUGCCAGAGGCCCAUAGAAUAGGAAGCACCUGCUCUCCAUUCCAAGGAGGAGUCUCCCUGCCAAGUCUGUGGGGACCUUUGACCAGUCAGAUGAAGGCUAUUCACAUGUUUGUUCCCAUUGCAGGGUCUGGGACUGUGGCCUCCUCUCAUCCGAUCACUGCCAGCACUCCUGAGGGAAGCAGCUAUGGAGCUAUUGGUAAAGUAACUCUGGAAUUGCAAAGGCACAGCUAGAUAUAUCUCUGUGGCUUAUAAAGCAGGUAGUAAAGUUACAUUAGAACAGUUAGUUAAAGUAUGUGAUAGCAAGAUGUGGAACCAUGAGAGUACUUUUGGGGCUACCUUUGAAAGUGACUCGGAAACUACAAUUAAUCCAGAAUGCGGCAGCUAGACUGGUGACUGGGAGCGGCCGCAGAGACCAUAUAACACCGGUCCUGAAAGACCUAAAUUGACUCCCAGUACAUUUCCGAGCACAAUUCAAAGUGUUGGUGCUGACCUUGAAAGCCCUAAACGGCCUCGGUCCAGUAUACCUGAAGGAGCAUCUCCACCCCCAUUGUUCAGCCCGGACACUGAGGUCCAGCUCUGAGGGCCUUCUGGCGGUUCCCUCACUGCGAGAAGUGAAGUUACAGGGAACCAGGCAGAGGGCCUUCUCAGUAGUGGCACCCGCCCUGAGGAACACCCUCCCAUCAGAUGUCAAGGAAAUAAAUAUCUGACUUUUAGAAGACAUCUGAAGACAACCCUGUAUACAGGAAGCUUUUAAUGUUUGAUGUUUUAUCGUGUUUUUAAUAUUCUGUUGGGAGCCACCCAGAGUGGCUGGGAAAACCCAGCUAGAUGGAGGGGUAUAAAUAAAUUAUUAUUAUUAUUAUUAUUAUUAUUAUUAUUAUUAUUAUUACUACUACUACUACUAUUACUUGUUGAAACAGGAUGUGAGGUGAGAUGCAGACACCCAAGAAAACAGCUGGUACAGAUAAGCAACGAAAGAGCAGAGCACCUCAUUCUGCAAAUUAUUAUUAUGAGUUAGAUGCUUGCAAUACAGUGCAUCUAUGCCAUGAAAUAUAAGAAACGCAACAUCAGUUAUACAAGUUUGGACAACUUCCUUUGUAGCUUGAUGUCUUUCCGCAUCUUGAGGAGGUCUUGCUCGUCCACUUAGUCUUGUUCCAAUAAUACAUGCCAUUAUUAUUAUUAUUAUUAUUAUUAUUUGGCAGUGCAUUAAGCCAAGAGGUUUAUACUCCCGAGAGAGGCAUCUCGUACUUUAAAUAUUCCUGUUUUCUUCCCAGAUGAGUCAAGCUCCAGUGGGGGCCAGCAGCUGUCUCUGGAGCGCAGGCCUCGUCGUGGCUCUGACACAGACAGCUCAGUGGAAGAGGAAAGCGACUUUGACACCAUGCCUGAAAUUGAAAGCGACAAGAACGUCAUUCGCACAAAGGUAUUUCGUCCAGGAUCAUUUAUGUAAGGAACUUCUCCUUCCAGGUGUCACACACAAAAACACACGCAUCCCAUCUGGCAUUAUAAUUUAUCUGGGAAGCAAUAAAAACCGAUAAGUUACCAUUCAUGAAAUAAAAACAAUGAAGGCGAGGAAGGAAAGACAGGGACUCUAGCGAAAAAUCAAGGGUUAUUUGAGAUGAAAAGGCUUCCACCUGCCGCUGGUAAGCAGGGCGCCACAUGACCCUUCUGGGACAGGCAGUUCCCUGGUUCCGAUACCAUAGUCAAGAAGGUUCACCUCCAUCUCAUCGCCACCCGCCACACUUCAAAUGACAGGGGCUCUUGCAGUCCAUGUUGCUGCAUUUUACUGCAAAGCAUUUAAAGAACCCAGCUGUUGUAAAAACAACAACCCACCAAAUGAAAGAUAUGAACCCUGUGUGGUUUUGACCACAGGUAGCCAAUUCUGGCCACAGCUCUAGAUGGAGGGCACCAUUUAUCUCUUUGACUGCGGGGUGAGAGGCAAGUGGCAAGCGGACCCCAGGCACACACUCACUUUGUGCAGGACAGGCAACUGAUGUCAGAAGCUGUGCAAUAUUCUCUUUCAUGCUACUCUUGAUCUGGUGAGUGCUGGUGCCAUAACCAAAGUGAGAGCAGCAGUGCAGAAGACUCUGAUGUGCACAUGGCUGGGUCCUUAUUUAUGAAGGGACUUGUUGCUCUCAGCAGUUGUUGGACUCCUAUUGUCUCUUUAUCAUUGGACAUGUGGGUGGAAGUUGGGAGUCCAACAACAUCUGGAGAGCCAAGGGUUCCCCAUUUCUGCCUUUACACCAGUGUGGUGUAGUGGUUAAGAGUGGUAGAUUCAUAAUCUGGGGAACCGGGUUUGCGUCUCCGCUCCUCCACCUGCAGCUGCAGGGUGACCUCGGGCCAGUCACACUUCUUUGACAUCUCUCAGCCCCACUCACCUCACAGAGUGUUUGUUGUGGGGGAGGAAGGGAAAGGAGAUUGUUAGCCGCUUUGAGACUCCUUCGGGUAGUGAUAAAGCGGGAUAUCAAAUCCAAACUCUUCUCUUCUUCUUUCUUGCUCCCUGUGUGUCUGUGUUCCUGUUCUUUUUCAUGGUCUCAGUGCAUGAAUGCACAUGCCUUUCUGAGCUUGUGCAGGACAUGCACAGGUAAAUUAUGUGUGUGCUGUCCUUAAGGGAGGAGCAUUUCUUCAUGUGAUUAUCCUGAGAAUAGGGAUGAGGAGGGUUCCAGUGCAUUCUGCAUUUUGGAGCGAACUCUCGCAUUUCACAUGCAUCCCUGGCCUAUGCGCAGAUCAGAACAUUGAUCUGCCGAUUAACCCAUCUAAUCCACUGAUCAAACCACACACAGAUCCGUGCAGUACUUUUGCCUUUUUAACAUGUUUAACAAUUUAAGGUGCUCAGAACAGCUCCAUGGCCACAUGGUAAAAUAUCUCUUUGGAAAAUGCUCCCAGGAAGUGACUGUACAUCAUGUUGUGGAAUCCUUUCCAGAACAAAAGAUGGCUGCCCCCACAAUGUCACUAUUUUUUUUCUUUUGUAAGAAAUCGGCAAUUUUUAAAGUGUUUCCCCUUAGAAACCCACCUACACAAAGACAUGACCUGGAACCGGUUUUGCAGAAGCAAACAAACAAAAACUAAAGCAGCUCAAGGUGGCACUAUGGUGAUUCAUCUAUUCUUACCUGAGUUCCUUCUUAAAAGUUCUUGGCGCAGCUGUCCUGUCCUAGGCCUUUUGCUAGCUUGCAUGCCUUUAAAUAAACUGUCACAGAAUAUUUUUUUUAAAAAGUUGUUCUCUCUCUCUUUUUAGAGACUGCUAUAUCUGUCAGAUUUAUCCAGGAAGGAUCGGAGAAUUGUCAGCAAAAAAUAUAACAUUUAUUUCUGGUACGUAGCUGAUAGCCAAAGCUCAGCCUUCUAUAUCUUAAUUUUAGGACCAUGCAGAUGACCCAAGGUUUUCUUGGUAUAAUAAGAGCUGCCUGCCUAAAUCCAGCAUUAGUGACAUCCUCCGUCAAGAAGAUAUUUUGGGCAUGUGUAGAGAAGCUGAAGAGGGAGGUGGAAUGGUGGUCAUCUAGGAGUGGAAGGGAAAGUUCUACACCCUAUAAAACCUGGCUGUUGCUCAACACAGAAAUUGCUGUAUGAGAAAUUUCAAGACACUAAGAUCCAGCUUCAAGUUUUAAAUGAGCAGUCAAGAAGUAGGAAGUCUUGAAAUUGGAGGAUUGGUAUGGCGGUGUGGAAAUAAUGGGAUUUACAGCACAGGCAAAUUGUAGGGUCCAUUUGCCUUUCUUAGCUGAUAAAAUACAUGCCGUUGGUUAAAACUCGGUGGAAAUGUGUGUGCAUCUUCUUAUGCCCAUUUAUUCUCUUCCUACGGUCUCUUGAUCCUGAAGGAACAUCAUCACAAUAGCAGUCUUCUAUGCCCUGCCUGUGAUCCAGCUGGUGAUCACAUACCAGACGGUGAGUUUUCUGCCUUCGCUCCACAUCUUAGGACCAAAAACUCAUCUUGGUGCUAACAUCUUGAUGACUUGAUAAAUUUACUAAGGCAAAAGAUUUUGGGGGCUAAAAUCCUCUUCAUCAUACUUAUAAUUUUUGGUAAUCCAUGAAAGGUUAUGGGAUAAUACAUUUCCUAGUCUCUGAAGUGCUUCUUGACUAUUGUUUAAUUUCUGCUGUAAGUCAUGGCUAAUUGGCUACCCCUUUGAUAGAGAGGAUACCAGAGAACCAAUGACAGAGAGGAUGACAUUUAAAUUAGGUCUCCAGAUCCCCUGUUACCUCUUGUUUUUUAAAGGUAUAGGGACCCUUGUUUAGACAACUCCACCUUUUCUCCAAAUCUCAGGUUGGCUGAGGUUGGUCCUUAGUCCUCACAGCCAAUCCCCUUACAGGCGCACCAUCAUUCUCAAACCAUUAAGAUGUUGAGGUCCGGAAGGCUACAGUGUCCACAGUGAAAUGUAGCCGGGUUGUGCAGGAGGUUUGAAGGCUGUGUCUUCAGUCCUGCUUUUCAUUCUUAGGCUGUUUUGCCUCCCUUUCCAUUUGCUCAUCAUCUUUGGGAUGGUGCGUUCAGAAUGCAAGUGACGCCUUCUCUACUGCUCUUCCUAGGUGGUGAAUGUGACUGGAAACCAGGACAUCUGCUAUUAUAAUUUCCUGUGCGCUCAUCCACUGGGCGUCCUGAGGUGGGUGUGGGUGACUCAUAGGCCACUGCUUGGGUUUACGUUUUCUCUCUCCUUCCUUUACAAUCAGGAAGUAGAUAGUGAUUUAUUCCUGUUUGUAAAUGGACUAUUCUGUACAGGAGAAGUUUCUACAUUUUUGAACUUCUGGUUUGGCUGGUAACGUUUACAAAAAUAAUAUUUAAUAAGAUUUCCUUCUUUGCAGUGCUUUUAACAACAUCCUCAGCAAUGUGGGACACUUGCUGCUGGGCUUCCUCUUCCUCCUGAUUGUGUUGCGCAGAGACAUCCUCCACAGACGCUCCCUGGAAGCCAAAGACGCCUACACAACGGUACACAUAAUAAUAAUAAUAAUAAUAAUAAUAAUAAUAAUAAUAAUAAUAUAUUAUUUAUAUCCCGUCCAUCUGGCUGGGUUUUCCCAGCCACUCUGUGUGGCUUCCAACACAAUAUUAAAAUACAGUAAAGCAUCAAACAUUAAAAGCUUCCCUAAACAGGGCUGCCUUCAGAUGUUGUCUAAAAGUCUGGUAGUGUUGUUCUCUUUGACAUCUGGUGGGAGGGCGUUGCCAUGGGGUGACCAGGACUGGGCAAUAUCUGGUUUUCAACAUUGCAGCAUAUCACCAGCUCAACAUCAUAGUAUACUGAUAUAUCACAAUGUCUGAAAUAAGGGUGGAACUAUGUAGAGGCACUGGCUGUCUUCACAGUUUCUCCCACAUUGUGAUUUUUGCAUAGCACACCCCAAACAUCAUGAUUUGCAAUAUAUUGCCUGGUCAAAAAUUAUGAAACCAAUACAGUAUACAGUAUAAGGCCUUCAAAAUGGUUUUGGAUGAUAUACCUAGCGGUGACUCUAAUCACAUGGAGGGGUGAGAUUAUCUGACGUUUUCAGCCACACAGUAAGCCUAACAUUGACAUUCCAGGACUUCCUUGGUUUUCCAACUAGGUGUGAGAGUAUAGCAGUGUUGGGCUUACCAUAUAGCUACUACCCUACAGAGGCUGCUACAUGUCAUACAAUAAGUUUUCAAGCAGAUAUUAUGUGUUUAGUGGCAAUCUGCAUCCACCAUAUGGCCUUAAUCAUUUAGUAACUUGCCGCUGAAUUGUACACUGCAAUUAUUUAUCUUUGUCAAUAUAUCGGUCCCAACCCUCAGUGCGUAAAUAUUCAUUAAUCUGGCUGAACAUUUUAAGCAGCAGCACAAAUAAGGAUGUAUAUGGCAGACUACAUUUCUUCUCGUGAAGGUGUCUGGUGUAAAAGAGCAAGAUAUUUUUCAAACAGAGUUGCUACCACAGUUGUCGCAUCCAGCCAAAACUGCAGUGCCUGUUAGUUAGACAGAUGGAUUUUUGUCUGCAGUGUUGAAUGAAAGACACUUUCCAAGCUUAUAUGCACACUACCAAUGUAAGAUACUGUUCUUGGUCCCUCUGUUUCAGGAAUAUGGGAUUCCCAAGCACUUUGGUCUCUUCUAUGCAAUGGGCAUAGCUUUGAUGAUGGAAGGUGUCCUCAGCGCUUGCUAUCACGUCUGCCCCAACUACUCUAAUUUCCAGUUUGGUAAGUGCGUGGCUUCUUCUAGCCGAGGAGCUAAGAGGUUUGUUUUCUUCUAUGGAUAUUUUGAACAAAGUCCCCAAGAAGUGAUUUCGGAUAGCUGAAUCAGUGGCGGAUCUUGGGGUCUCAAAUUUCAGCGGCAUCCCGUGCGACACCAAUAUUUGGCGCUCCAUAACAUAUCAUAGUUGCAGCAGCCCCUGCAUCUCCCCCAAGGCAACCAAACCGGUUCCACUUCCCUGAAUCUGCCUCUGGCUGGAUGUUUUGGGUUUCAGUGUGCUCGAGGUCCUCUUUCAGUUAGGGUGAACAUAGAUCUGAACACUAUAGUAGCUGGGGAGAGAUGUUGCUUUGAGGACUUAAGAAGUGGGGCAGGGGAAUCAGUGGCCACAUUCUUUAGAUAAUGUGUUGUUUGGGGCACUGGAACAAAGACUCUCCUUCAGUCACAUUUUUACGAUUUUUUGCCACACCCACGGGUGCCCAGAACUCUUACCUUGAAGAAAAAUAGGAACCCCACUGUGGUGGUCUUAGUUCACAACAAGAACCUUACGAGCCACAAUGGGGGGGUGAUAGCGCCCUCUGGUGCAAAGAGAGGAUUUCUCCCUUAGAAAAAGAUUUGCCAGUAAUACCACUGUUGCCAAUUUGUAAGAUACCAUCGAUAUAUCAUUUUCAUAUACUUUUCUCUUAGACCAUAACAUGCUGUAAAUUUUAUCUCCAUAUUCCACAAUCGUUUCCAUGCUUCCUUGUCUAUAUUAUGACCAAGAUCUAUUGCCCAGUGUAUCACUGAGGAUUUUACUUGCUCAUCCUUUGUCUCCCAUUUCAAUAAUACUUUAUACAUUCUAGACAGUACUUUUACAUUACAUUCCAACAGGUCUCUCUCCAGUUGUGAUAUUUGUUCCCCAAACCCUUGUAUCCUAUCUUUCUUAAAUUCUUCAUUAAAUGAUGAUAUUGUAUCCAUGUUGUUAAUUUUCCUGAUAAUUCCUUAAAUUCUUUUAAUAUGUACUCUCCUCCCUCUUGUUUUAAUAAAUUUUAAUAAAUAAUUUGUCCAUCCUUCUAUCAUAUUCUCUUUUUUUUACCGCUAUAGCUUCCAACGGUGAGAGCCAAAGUGGGGUUUUUUACCUCUAAUAAAUUCUUAUAUUUAUCCCAUACUCUAUACAGAUUCUUCCUAAUUAUAUGAUUUGUAAAUCCCUUUAUGAACUUUCACCUUUUCAUACCAUAAAUAAGCGUGCCAACCAAAAAUAUUGUCAUGACUUUCUAAAUCUAGAAUAUGUGAAUUCUCUAAUGUCAUCCAUUCCUUCAACCAACAAAAACAGGACGCCUCAUAGUAUAGUCUCAUAUCCGGCAGGGAAAAAUCUCAUAUUUCUUUUGCAUCUAUCAAUAUUUUGUACUCGUUUUUCCCCCUUGCCAAAUAUAUAGAGAAAUAUAUUUUUGCCAUGUAUUGAAACGAUCUGUUGCCUUUUCUCCUCCUUUGACAGACACCUCCUUCAUGUACAUGAUCGCAGGGCUGUGCAUGUUGAAGCUCUACCAGACCCGCCACCCGGACAUCAACGCCAGCGCCUACUCUGCCUACGCAUCCUUCGCAGUGGUCAUUUGCCUUGCUGUGCUCGGAGUGGUACGGAUGCAUUCGACACCCUCUGCCCUUCAGAGAGAGGGACCGAAUCAGCAAAACUUGGGGGAGAACUCUGAGAAUGGGGUCAAAGGCAAAUAGGCUGUAGCAUCUGCAACAAAAUUGCCUGUGCAGCCUUACUCUCAACCUCUGCAGGAUUCUCGUGGUUUUAGGUUCAGGUUCUGCAGCAGCCAAGUAUUAGAAAAACAACUGCUACAGUUCCUUCCAUACUAUCCUAACACUCACGGCCCUUUAUACAAAAGAAGUGCUCUGAUUAAAGCCCAUUAUUUUGCUCUAACUGCUUUGGGAACGGUGCUAGCCUUGGUGCAUGUCUCUUCCUCGUACUUCGGCUACUUGUCGCAGAUGCCGGGAAAGGUGCGAGGUCUCCCGGGACAUGGGAUGGCUGUUUCUGUACUCUGGGUUAUUUGAGUAUUUACAUCUUCAAACCAUUCUAACAACCAGACAUAGAUAGGUUUGGAAAAUGCCACCUGUCUGUAGAGUAUCUAUAACCUCUCAUUGCAGAGAAGGAGACCUUUUUCAUAAUUGGACAUAACGCACAAUAAUUCUUUUUUUGUUUGCUGUCAGGUUUUUGGAAAAAAUGCUUUGUGGUUUUGGAUCCUCUUCUCAGUCAUCCAUGUUGUGGCCUCACUUGGACUCAGCACCCAGAUCUACUACAUGGGCCGUUUCAAGAUAGGUAAGUUUGAUGACAGGUGAUUGACACUUCAGGCCUCCUAAAUAUAUUCACCUGGAGGUAAAUCCAUGGAACUGCUCAGCCUUUUACCUUUAGGAUUGUAGCCCCAGAGAUAGAAUAGGAGUGGUGCUUAUUCCCUUCAUACUGUUUGUUUCUGGUCUAUUAAAUAAAGGGAGUUUCACCUUGACUCCCUAUGAAAUCUUGCUUUUUUAAAUAAAAUUAUUUAUACUUUUCAAGUUUAUACAUUUCACUAAUUUUACAAUCAUUUUGACAUUUCAAAACUUGACUUCCUUCCCCCUCUUUCUGCGGUUCCUUAAGUUUAUUUUUAAUAUAUUCUGCAUAUCCAAAUUAACUUAAUUUUCUCAUUUAUUCAUCUUCUUUAAAUAUAUAUUCUUAUUAAAUUGCAGGUUAUUACAAGAAUCCUGCCAAUGUUCUUAUCUGUUUACAAUUUAUCUGUAAAUAGUCAAUAAACCAUUUCCAUUUUUUUAUAAAAAGUUUAUUAUCUUGAUUUCUAUUCUUCCGGUAAGUUUCACCAUUUCUGCAUAUUCCAUAAGUUUUUGUAUCCAUUCUUCCUUUGUCGGGACUUCUGCUUCUUUCCAUUUUGGGGCAAAUAACAUUAUUGCUUCUGUAGUAGCAUACAUGAAUAAGUUUCUAUACAGUUUAGACAGUUCUUUCCCUAUAAUUCCCAAAAGGAAAGCUUAUAAAGGUUAUUUUAAACAUCAUUUUCAUUUCAUUAUAUAUCAUUUCCCACUAAGCUUUAACUUUACUACAAGACCACCACAUACGAUAAAAAGAACCUUUUUCUCUUUACAUUUCCAACACUUAUUUGAUUUAGAUUUAUACAUUUUUGCCAAUUUACUCAGUGUUAGAUACCACCGAUAUAUCAUUUCCAUAUACUUUUCUGCUGUAAAUUUUAUAUCCAUAUUCCACAAUCGUUCCCAUGCUUCCAUGUCUAUAUUAUGACCAAUAUGGAUUGCUUUGCCUCUGCCUAAUGUACUUAACUGCAUGCUGGUGCUGGGCUGCGUGCGAGGAAUUAUUCACCUUCCUGCCAGUGGCCCUUUACUCAGGGGGGAGGCUGGUUGGGGGAUGUGUGUCUGUGUAAGUGCUUCUGCUUUAGUGGGCAUUUGGGGGGCUGGGGGGGUCUUUCCAACGGCAGCACAUACAUUUAUCCUUCUUUGCUGUGCCGUUAUGCUCCUCUCACUAGCAUCUUUUCCCCUUUCUCUUCUGCUUCGCUUGGCUGCAGAUGUCUCUGAUCCAGGUAACCAGCCCUUGAUGUGAAUCCUCUUUCCCUUUGGGCUGAGCAUGCAGAAGCCUUGGCAGCCAGAAUAGGAGGGAUGUUCAUUCUUCUAACGCUUUAGGGGAAGGUCAAUAGCUUGGGCUAGGGCUGGGCAAUACCUGAUUUUCAACAUCGCGAUAUAUCACCAGCUAAACAUCACAAUAUAUCACAAUGUCUGAAAUAAGGGUGGAACUAUGUAUAAUGGUACCUUGGUUCUCAAACUGAAUCUGUUCCAGACUUUUGGUUUUGGAAUGCUUUGGUUUUGGAACAGACUUCCGGAACGGAUUAAGCAGCAGGGCAGUGUGGCACUUCCCAUUUCAGCUCAAGUGCUGAAACAGGAUGUGCCCCUCUACCCCCUGGCCAUCAAGAAAUGGUUCUGGAUCAAGCAGGGUCCAAAAUGCAGACCAGAUUUAUGUGAGGGAAUGCAACUCCAUUCAGAACAGGUUGGAAACAAUUUCUUGUACCACGUUAGGCCAACUAGUAGUCAGCUCACAACACUAUUACAUUAUUAUUACAGUGGUACCUCUGGUUACGUACUUAAUUCGUGAGGUCCGUUCUUAACCUGAAACUGUUCUUAACCUGAGGUACCACUUUAGCUAAUGGGGCCUCCUGCUGCCGCCGCGCCACCGGAGCACGAUUUCUGUUCUCAUCCUGAAGCAAAGUUCUUAACCCGAGGUACUAUUUCUGGGUUAGCGGAGUCUGUAACCUGAAGCGUAUUUAACCUGAAGCGUAUGUAACCUGAGGUACCACUGUACAGUGGUACCUUGAUCCUUGAACAGCUUGGCUCCCAAACAAAUCAGCUCCCGAACGCCACAAACCCGGAAGUGAGUGUUCUGGUUUGUGAACGUUUUUCAGAAGCUGAACAUCUGAUGCCACUUCUGCAGCUUCCAAUUGAGUGUAGGAAGCUGCUGCAGCCAAUCGGAAGCCACGCCUUGGUUUCUGAACUGUUUUGGGAGUUGAACCGACUCCCGGAAUGGAUUAAGUUCGAGAACCAAGGUACCACUGUACAUUAUUAUUCUAAGAACCUUUGCAAGCCUUACGGCACAGUUGUUCUUGAGCUACAGUUUCCAUCCUGCCAGAUCAUUCAUUGGCCAUGCUGACUGGGGCUGAUGGGAGUUGUAGUCCAACAACAUUUGGAUCUCACCUUGUUAGCUACCCCUGCCUUACAGUGCUGGGAUGUUUUGUUUGUUUUUGUGGAAUUUAUAACCUGCCCUUCACUAUCUGGUCUGAGGGCAGGAAUGCAGCACCCUUAACACAAUCAAUAGCAAUAAAACCAGAAACGCAUAGAAGUCGAAAACUCGGUAUAAUAAGCAAUGCCAGCGAGACACUGUACUCCUCUAUUAAACAACAGCACUACCGGCCCAGAGUUUUGGCAAGAGCGCAUCUAUUUGGGGCACGAUCUUGCUGAAUGUGCAAGAUCUCACAAUUUUGGGCGAGAUCUCAACCAAAAUUGGCAUGGAAAUUGGCCGGAAAUCGUCAGUGCCUGGCAGGGUACAUCAUCAUGGUAGUGUGGGUGGUGUCCUUAGAUAAAACGAAGCUCCUUCAUAGGAGCUGUGCUCUGUUAGGUUUUCACCCCCUGUGCUCUCAAUCUCUGGCAGACUUUGGGAUUUUCCAGCGUGCGGUUAUGGUCCUCUACACAGAUUGCAUCCAGCAGUGCAGCUGGCCAAUGUACACGGUACGUAUUUCCCUUGUUCUCUUUAGCCAUCUCUGGCCGGCUUGGAGAGCUGCUUAUUCCCUUUUGCAUCUGAGCAUGCAAACAUGGGUGAGAGAGAAAUUGCUAUCUGGCUUUUAUUAUCAAAUGGAAAGUCCUCAACUCUGAACGGAUCAUAGGUAAAGGUAAAGGGACCCCUGACCGUUAGGUCCAGUCGUGGCCGACUCUGGGUUUGUGGCGCUCAUCUCGCUUUAUUGGCCAAGGGAGCCGGCGUACAGCUUCCUGGUCAUGUGGCCAGCAGGACUAAGCCGCUUCUGGCGAACCAGAGCAGCGCACAGAAACGCCAUUUACCUUCCCGCCAGAGCGGUACCUAUUUAUCUACUUGCAAUUUGACGUGCUUUCGAACUGCUAGGUUGGCAGGAGCAGGGACCGAGCAACGGGAGCUCACCCCGUCGCAGGGAUUCGAACUGCCAACCUUCUGAUCAGCGAGUCCUAGGCUCUGUGGUUUAACCCACAGCGCCACCCGCGUCCCCAAACGGAUCAUGCCUAAUCCUUAUUAUAAAAACUUAGAAAUUUCAAAUCCGUGCUUACUUUCCUGCUCCCCUUGAUGGUCUCUGGGAGUAAACUGAAAGAGGGCCCGACACUCACCACACACAGAGCAAGAGUGGUGCUGGCAGGAUCUUUGCAGCCAAACUCCAAGAGAGACUGACACCAGUGAGAUCAGUGUGGAGUGGAAGUCUAUGUUGUCAGCAAUUGACCUGGCAUGGAGCAAAAACAUCUGGAAAUCAGAAUUUUGGAGUGGGGAAUGAAUGGAACAAGAGAAGUUGUUCUUCCUGGUUAACUUUUUCAGGAGAAAUGGUGUAUUGCAAUGGUUAAGAACACAAACUUAGAGACAGAAAGCCUGAGAUUCAAAAGUCACCUCAGCCAUGAACCUCCCUAGGUGGUCUUUUUAGCCAAGUGAUUACUUCUUAGCAUGGUGGAUUUGAUUUAAAUCAAAUCAAUUUAAAUCACUGGUCAGUAAGACUUGAUUUAAAUCAUUUUUUACACAAAGAUUCAUUCUUGCUGGUAUCAUCUUAAUAUUUACAACCAGAGGAAGGUUUCAUUUUUUGGAAUAAUAAAUUUUCAGAGUAGUAUUUACAGUUACAUCAAAAAUUACUGAUUUGGCUAUACUGUUAGAAAUACAUAGACACCUAGUUAUGAAAUUAUUGUGAGGUUUAAUAAGUUAACUUUAUAUUUCGACAACUUUUCUGCUGUACUUUAUUGGAAGGAGAAAAAGAAUCAUUUCCUUAAUAACAAUUUAAACAAUUUAUUUAACUAAAACAAUAACAUUAUAGCCUAUGUAUCCAUGUUUGUUAACUGAUGUGGUUAAACAAUUAAAAAAAAAACUUAGACUGAGUUUUAGAACACAUGAAAAACUUAAAAACAAAUCCUUAUUUCCUGAAGAAUAGCCUUUGCACUAUAAUGUAACUUAAAUAGAAAACUAUCUUUAGAAAUAUUUUUCCUCCAAAAGCAUUUUAUUUCGAACACCAGGAUAACAUGGGCUGUCUCUUGCUCCCUCGCUUUGCCUCCCUCUUUGUGAAAGAUCAGACAAGACGUGCAGGAGGUGCUCUUCAUUAGUUUGUUUAAAACCAGAAAUGAAAGCUUCUGGUUUCCCCUUUGUGGCCACAAAAGAGGAAGCUGCAGACUUGUUCGCUAGUCAGAAACUAUUGUUUUCCAUUGCAUUUGAACCAGGCACAUAACCUCAUAAUUAUGUGGAGUAUUCAGAACAUUCAAUUUUUUUUGGUAAAUGCUUAGUAGCAAAACAUCAACAGUUACCUGAAAACAUUUUUAAGGUUACCUCGCAGGUAUUUUGGAAUCAAAAGGAUAAUCCAGCCCAAAGUGAGGCAUUUUUCUGUCCCAAAGUUAAGCAUGUACUUAACUCUCUCCCUUUGAAACCAAUGGGUCUGAUGUUUAUCAGACAAGGUUUUAAAAUGUCUAGUAUGUUUGGAUUGUCCCUUGGGCCUCUGAGUCUCCAGCUCCAAUGGCAACUGUGACUUGACACACAUUUAUGGUUUUCUAACGAGGGUUCUUGCUUCUUUCCUCUAGGACAGAAUGGUCCUGCUUGUUGUUGGGAAUCUAGUCAACUGGUCCUUGUAAGUAGGGGGCUUUGUGGAUGUUUCACAUGCUCAGGGAAUACAAUCAGAAUGGUCUUACAUGGAUUAGCCCCAGAAAUGCCCUCCUCAUAUCUGAGGUUUAUUAUAUACUUUUGAAGCAGGAAGGUUAGAAAUAAUGUAAAGAUUUUGCUCUCUGGUCGUUUUGUCUUCUUCUCUCCAGCCCUGGCCCCUGAUAAAUUUAAGACAUUUCCCAAAUAUCACUCUGAUUAUUGUUAGUGGAGAAACCUAAGUUCCCUUAAACGCAUGGUGGGGGAGUCACUUUUAGCCUGAGGACUGGAUUCAGACCUGGUCGGCCUUCUAGGGCUUUGAAUGGUGAGCAGGGCCAGAGACAAAAAAGCAAAUGUUGCAUACUUUAAAUAUAUUUUAUGUCCAUUUUAUGCAUUUUUCAUUCAAUCCCCCCUUAGUUUUGGGGAGAAUUGCAUGUAAAAUACGGGACAUGUGAAGUAUGUAACGGACAGGUGUCAAAUGACAUCACAUGUUUGGCAGGUGGUCGGAGUCUGCUCAGAGUUCCCUCGUCAGCCAUUCAGAGGGGCCUGAUCCUGCAAAUUGGCCCAUGGCUGGAGGUCCCAAUGCUGUAAAGGGAGACCCAAUUAGAAUAAGUACUAGUUGCUCCUUAAUUCUAUGCAAGCAUCAUCUUAUAUGCUUGAUCUGCAAGAUGGCAGCAUCCCUCUUCAGUAUGUGCAGUGUGGGUGGCGGGUGAUAUUGGUAUCAUGAGCUAUGUACCAGGAUGGCAAGUUAUGGGGGGCCUAUACCUUGGAUAACAUAACCCUUUUCCUUUUCCUUUCUUAGUGCCAUUUUUGGACUGGUAUAUCGGCCGAAAGACUUCGCCUCUUACAUGCUGGGCAUCUUCAUUUGCAAUCUUCUGCUGUAUCUUGCUUUCUACGUCAUCAUGAAGGUAAAGGAGUAUCACCUGCAGCUCUUUUCUGUCAUUAUUGUGAGAACUUUAACAACUAGCUUUCAUACCUGAGCUCAAAAGAUGCACUGUGUGAACUUACCAGUUCUACCUGUCUUGUGCCAAACUAUAGCAACGCAGGGCGUGUUUCUCACGUCUUAUUGAUAAUAAGUUUUAUUGAGUUUUCGCUUUACAAAUGAAUGGCUGUCGUUGAACACACAAACUAGCAUAGUCCCCAAUCUGUGUGAUAGAUUCCCCAAAGAGAGAGUUACUAAAACUUAAGCUGUAUCAAAUACCCUCUCCAAGAAGACUGGGAAUUUGGGGAGGGGGCUGAUUUUUUUUGGUUAUUUUUGACCAAUAACCACUUUCAAUUAAAUUUAUCAUGUCUUGCCACCUUUCGCUAUUUUGUAUUCUGUCAAUUUGUGUCAAAGUGCUAUCUCCCAUAUUAUGUCAUAGCACGUAUUUGCAAGAAGGCAAUUUUAGAUUGAACAUUUUGCUGGGCUAUAAUUACCUACUGCACGCCCACUCUAGUGGUAGAUUUACUUUCUGAGGCUCCACCGUAGAUGUCAUGGGGAUUAUUGGAUUCCUGUUGAAAAGAUAAAUCCCUUGCUAUGAAUUCCAGUUUUCUGUGGUUCCAGGAGGCUAUUCUAACCCUUAGAAUAGCACUGCACUUGGACAGGAGGCAGAACCAAACAUCUGGUUCUUCUUCCUCCAGGGUAACUCUCCCGUAGCCAUUGGAGAAUGUGGGGUUCCCAUGGCCAUCUGGCAGCUGGCAUUGCCAAGGACACCACCGUAUGAAAAGUAACUUCCAGCAAACUGAAACCCAUUUCUAGCACUCUAGGUUCAAAUCAGUGACUGGCAAAAAAGAAGCAGCAGCAGCACCGAUUUGUUUGGGUGGGGAUCCAAGUCUUUAUGAUGCACCCCUUUGGCUUAAAUGUUCUCCUGGGAAGUGUCUGCUCAAAUAUCAUUUAUUUGAGGGUAUUAUUUUAAGGUUUUUCCCUUUUCAGCUCCGCAGCUCAGAGAGGCUUCUGCUCAUCCCUCUAUUCUGCAUUGUGGCCACAGCCGUGGUUUGGGCUGCAGCCCUUUAUUUCUUCUUCCAAAACCUUAGCAGCUGGGAGGUAGGUUUCCUCAUUUGUUGCCCUCUCUUGCGCUUCAGGCACAAAAUACAUAAAUUUAGAAAUACAGUGUAUAAUUGAUUUCCUCCAAGCUUUCUAACGCUUGCAAUACUCACGAAUUUCCAAAAUGAUCUUAACUGCCCAAAGCCACCCCCCACAGCCCUAUAAUAAUAGAAACCUGCACAUGAUCCACAUACUUAAAGUUUAAUCCCUGGAAUUUCUGUUAAAUUCUGUUCUGUUCUUCUGUUAAAGAAGAUCUUGGGGAAAGAAUUUGGCAAGAGUUGUGCUGGAGAUCUUGAAUAACUGCUGCCAGGCAUCAGGCUAGAUGGGCAAGGCCUUCCAGAACUGUCUGCUUGGCAUGGCCUUUGCAAUCUUGAAGACUUACUGCAGUAAACAGCUGCAUGUAUUGGAGGGAGCAGCCUGGUUGCUGUAACUCUUUAUUUGCUCUGCCUUCCAACUUGAAUCCCUGUCUUCAGACUUACACCUCAAGCUCCUGGGCAACGUUUUAUUUCUGCCACCCUGUUGUUUCAAAUGCUGCGACACAAGAACCAGUUGUGCAGAACCUGCCCUUUAUUUAUGCAGAGUUGUCCACCUUAUGCUCUUGGGGAGGUCUGUGGAAAAGUUUAUAGAACGUACCCGAUAUCCUUGCUAUUCAGGAUUGCAGGAAUGAGUGGGGUUUGCAGCCCAAUGCACAGGACAUCCAUGGAAGUGAUAAUCUUACAACUUUGCCUCUCCCCAAGCACUACAGGAAUAAUAGUGUUGCAAGCAAUGAGAGCUGUUGCACAGGCAUCCCCGUUAACACAUAUUAAAACCACACGACCCCAGAAACCCGGAAGUGGGGGGAAAGACUUGAAGAGCCUCAACAAAGCUCUGCCUCACGAGUCGGAGGUGCAGCGGGGCUUUGCUGAGGCUCUUCAUCCUCUUGGCUAACAGCUGAUGCACAGAAAAGCAGAUGCUGCUGCUCCAGUUCCUGUGCAUCAGCUGUUAGCCAAAAAGCCCCAGUGUGCUUCUUGGCUUGUGAGGAGACGCUCCCUGGAGCCCAAAGAGGACAUCCCGUUUAGGCUCCGGGGAAGGUCUCCUCACGAGCUGGAGGCGCCGUGGGGUCCUCCUUAUUUCACUUCUGCAUGCAGGGGGGCAGAACGUAACCCACGUGUAAAUGGGGAGUCGCCUGUAUCCUAGUCAGCCCCAGUAGUCAAGGGAUACGAUACCGCCAAUGGUUUGCUGAAGAAUUAUUAACAAGGCCUCUUCCAAAGUCAUGAUUAUCUGCUGAAGGCAUUGUGGCAUAUUAUCCCCCUCACUCUCCCAAAAAUUUUCCCCUCUGCUUCCGGGGGUAGCACACAUGUGUUAGGAAUUUCUCUACAGCACCAGAAAGACAGAACUGGAAUUCACUGCCUGUGCCCAUUUUUUCUGUAGGAAACUCCCGCAGAGUCCCGAGAGAUAAACCGCCCGUGUAUCCUUCUGGGAUUCUUUGAUGAUCAUGAUGUCUGGCACUUCCUCUCAGCAGCUGCACUGUUCUUCUCCUUCUUGGUGAGGUUUUCCUUAAGGUCCCUCUAUCAAUGUUAUGCUGGAUAGGCUUCCUGUCUCACCUGGUUCCAUGUCAUAGCACACUCAGUGCAUUCGCACACAUUACCUUAAAUACUUGUUGUGGUUUUAAUGGACAUGCAGGUCAGACUUACAGUGGCACCUCAGGUUACAUACGCUUCAGGUUAUAUAUGCUUCAGGUUACAGACUCCGCUAACCCAGAAAUAGUGCUUCAGGUUAAGAACUUUGCUUCAGGAUGAGAACAGAAAUCGUGCUCCGGUGGCGCAGUGGCAGCGGGAGGCCCCAUUAGCUAAAGUGGUGCUUCAGGUUAAGAACAGUUUCAGGUUAAGUACGGACCUCUGGAAUGAAUUAAGUACUUAACCUGAGGUACCACUGUACUCAUUUCCUGCUUAAAAUAAUCACACAAGAGAAACACAAAGAUCAUUUACUUCCGUCCCCUGCAGUGCGGGAAUCUUUCAUCCAACACGGGGCUCGAACCCAUGACCUUGACAUGAGGAGUCGCAUGUUGUAUCAACUAAGCUAUCUCCCCACCGUUAUUUGUUCCCAAAGGUUGGUGGAAGUUGGGCAACACCAUCUAGAAACUGAAAGGUUCCUUUUUUCUGGGGCACCAUGGGUGUUGGCUCUGCUUCCGCAGGGGGCUGAGUUGACCUUUGCCUGCCUGCUUUUGGGUUUGCUGACCCGGGAGUGUGUGUCCUGCAGAACCACCCGGAAAAACCAGACUCCAAUCUCUGCUCUGCUUUGUUCUAGGUCCUGUUGACUCUGGAUGACGACUUGGAUUCUGUGCGGAGAGACAAGAUACCCGUUUUCUGA